AAAUAUAUUUUGCUAAUCUCUAUGAUUUAUAUAUUGAUACUGGCUACCAAAUAAAGGAUUUAAUUAAUCUACCUGAAGAUUUAGAACCACUUGAAAUCUUAUAUAUUUCUAAUAUUAGUCUUCAAUUAACCCAAUACUUUGAUUCUACCAAUAUUAUCUAUUUAGAAGAUAAUUUUUUUAGUGAAGAAUCUAUAUUAUACCAAUUAUCUAUUAGUACCUCUCUACCUAUAUCUGUAAUUUUAAAUCCUGAUUUUAGUAUAUCUUGCAAAUUGUUUGGUUUUGAAACAAAUCAAAUUCUUGAUCAAAUUACUACUGAAACAAACUCUACU